AUGAACUUGUCAGAUUCCUCUUCCAAGAUGCAAAAAUCCAGUGAAGAUCAGGACAGAAUCAGCAAUCUACCUGAUAUCAUUAUUGGUCACAUUCUCUCUUUACUUUCUACUAGAGAAGCUGUUCGCACUAGUGUUUUAUCGAAGAGAUGGGAAUACAUGUGGACAUUCAUCACCAAGCUGCACUUCAACGAUAGAGAUUAUAAGUAUCGCAAUUAUAUAAGAAAAAACAGCUUUUUGAACUCUGUGUAUAGGGUGCUACUUCAUCUGAAUUCUUCAAGCAUCCAAAGUUUAUCUAUUUCCAUUUCAGAAAGUUAUGAUUUUUAUCAUCUUAAACAGUGGAUGUCUGUGAUGAUAGGUCGGAAAGUCAAAGAGAUUCGUAUUAAUUCAGGCCCACAAUUUGAGAUCUCCUCACAUUCUCCCAUUUGGAAAUCCCGGUCCUUAGAGAAAUUGGUGUUGAGAAUGUAUGCUUUUCCGGUUCGUCACAGACGGAUGGAGGAUUAUGAUAUCAGAGCUACAAUUCCCACUUUGAAUGUUGAUUUUUUGUCCCUCACUGUCCUAAGGUUGUAUGGAAUACCAAUUACCUGUGUUCCUCCUAACUCCGUCCAAGAGUUGAGGCUAAACUUUCCAUCUCUUAGAAAGUAUAAGACAGUUAAUUGCACUUGGAUAAAUGUAAAAAGGAUAAGUAUAGAAAUGCCUAAACUUGAAGUGCUUAUAAUCGAGGAUACAAAUGUGAUAAUGAGUGAUAGUUCACAGUGUGUAAUCAACUUGUGUGCCUCACACCUUGUAGAAUUCUCCUAUAGUGGGCAAAUGUCAGAUACCAUGUCGGUUGCCUUGACUAUAAAAAGUGUUGCCUCUGCUAAUAUUUAUCCACGCUAUAUCUUGAAUGGGUUUCCAAAUGCACUUUUUGCUUACCAGUUUCUGAGCACAUUCAAUGAUAAAGUGGAACGUCUAAGGUUUGAACACCCGCAGGUUCUUGCACCAGCAGUAAAUUCUAUGGUCGGUCUUCCUGAAUUUGAAAUGUUGACUGAUCUGGAGGUAGUAGAUAAAAUUACGGGUUCAUUGUUGUGGUUCUUACUCCUAAAGGCACCAUUUAUUGAGACUCUUACUUUGAAGGAGCUACUUAGUUUUGAGCAUCCUUCCACUCCAAACCUUGUUCCUCCCUGUGUUGCAUCUAAACUUGAAGUGGUAAAUUUUGGAAGAUUUCAAGGUAAUGAGCAUGAGCUUCGCUUUGCCAAACUUGUAUUUGAAAACGCUCAAGUCUUGAAGAGGGUGAAUUUCACAUGUCCCUGGCCAUCCUAUGGUAAAAAACUUAAAGAGAAGAUAUUGGCAUUUGAGAGAAGUGCUAGUGCCGUUAUAGAAUUUAUUUAG